GUGAACCGGCCGGCUGCCGGUGGAGGGGGAAAAGACCAGUUUCUUGCCAUACCUUCGCGCAUACCUGAAGUGAGUCCACGACCGAGCGGCGUUCUAGAGGUUAGUAACAGAAACUAGGCGUGGUGUCGCGUCCGAGUCAUGGCAGUGUUGUGAAGAAUCAGUCGCGACGCGGUGGCGGGUUGUUGUUGUGUUCGUGAACAGCUGAUUGUGAUUGUGUACGUUGUGAACAGGUGAUAGUGCGAGGAUAACUCACCACAUAUAGCAGUCGUGGCGCCGGAGACGCAGCUCGACCAGUGGGGAGGCACUGGCUGGACCCGCCAGUCACGUCGCCCCUCGCCAGCCCCGCCGUUAUCACCAUGACCUCUAUCAAGAAGGGGUACGGGUCGCCGACAAGACGAGGGAACAGCCAGCUGCGUUCUCCGGUGAUCAAGCGGCCGCUGUCGGCCCCCGUCACCAUACAGGGCUGGCUACACAAGCAGGGCAGCGAUGGCCUUAUGCUCUGGAAGAAGCGCUGGUUCGUCCUCUCCGACUACUGCCUCUUCUACUACAAAACAUCUGAGGAGGAGAAAUUGCUUGGUUCAAUACUGCUACCAUCGUACAAAAUCUCUCCAUGUGGGGUUGAGGAUAAAAUCUACCGCAAGUUUAGCUUCAAGGCUGAACAUGCCAACAUGCGGACAUACUACUUUGCUGCAGACACCCAGCCACUCAUGGCCCAGUGGAUGAACGCAUUAAGCCUCGCAUCGAUCCUACAGGAGAGCACCAGUUGGGAGGAGCGAAAGUCCACUUCCUCUCACCAGCAGAACCAUAGCGCAGAUGAUAGUGACUCAGGGUUCCAUGGACACUUCCGACCAACCAAUGACAGCUCAGGCGAGUGUGUCACCCCUAGUAAUGGCUGGAGACCUUCACAACAAGGUUACCAUCAGCCGCUCUAUGCCAAUGCUCCUCCUAAGCCUCGGCGACUUAACAAUGACACCUCCUCUCCCGAGAGAUCUCCUGAGCGAGCAUCUGAGGAUGGCAGUGGUAGGAUCUCCAAACUUGCUCAACCACAAGAGUACACACUGCGGAAUGAGAGAGCGUACAACUACACGGCACAACACUCCCAUCGCCCUCCACUUAUGCUACCUCCCAACUCUCAGCCGCAGGAGAGGCGGACUCCUGAUACGUAUGGAAGAUCUAAUUCCACCACUCCACAGACAGGAAAAGUUAUUUCAUCUAAAAUGAGGACUCUGGACUAUGAAGAUGUUUACCAAACUAAUCCUGAACUCGUGAGUGCAAUGUAUCCGCAGAAUGUGAUGUAUAGUAAUCAACCGGUGCAAUAUCGCCAGAAUCGACCAAAUGAUUCCAUGUGUCAUAGUAUGCCAUCAGAUGGACGAAAACGCUUUCCUCCUCGUCCUCACAGUGCAGAUUUCCUGGAGUACGAUGCUCGAAGGGCAUACCAAUCACCGACGCCUCAGAGCAGUGACUCUGGAAAUCAACAGUAUUAUAACCAAAGGAACUCUGUUCAGCCUAGGAGGCCUAAAUCUAGUUUAGACAUUGUUCAUUCUGAAACAGGCCCUGAUGGAACUCAUUGGUCAGAGGAAAGUUAUGCUAGGAAAAUGCGGCAAUCUGCUUCAUACGUUUCACCUCAAUUACAAAACCUCUCCAAUUCAUCUAGGGCAACAACACCUUCUGUCAGACAAGUCCCGAUAAUGCCAGGAUAUUAUAAUGGUCCAAUGAAUGGAGAAUUGGCAAGUGUGAUGAUGAGGCAACAUUCGGAGGCUAUCCAUGCCCAGGAGCGAAGGUGGAGUGAGUAUGUGGACAGGACCAAUGGACAGUUCACUCGGUCUGCAUCCGCUCGACUCCCGAGGCACGGGAACGAUGAUAGGAUGGAGGAUGAUGGUUCAGAUAAAAGUUAUCAGGCUGCAUUCAGGCGGAGAAAUAGCUCAGACAACAGGGACCCUGCAAUAAAAUCUCAGCAGAGAGAAGAGUCAAUGAAGCGAUUGCUGGAGUGGAAGCAACGCAUGCUCCAGUCUCCACUGACUCGAAAGUCCAGUGGUUCCAGUGGUCGAGGCACAGCUCAAAAUCAACUGUCCCAGUACUACCAGCAGGUUCAGGAUUCCAGAUCAAGGAGUUUGACAAAUGACACUCAGCCAAAUCCGAAUGCGUGGCGACGUGAUGGGUGGGAUAAGGAUGUAAUGGAACAUGCGCGAGUUGCACGCCGCAAGCACUCUGAUGCAGGACGCAGCCGUUCACAAGAUGGUCGCCGCUCAGUAACUUCUGUCAGUCGAUACAACAGUUACUCUAGCGAUGACGAAGAACCUGGAGGCACGAGAGAAUGUCGGAAACGAGUUCGCCGAUCCUCAAAAGAAGCAAGCAGAUCAAGAGUCAACUCUCUAGAGGGGAAAUCAUCAAGAGCUGCUCCUACCCCUCUCUCUUUUCCUGACUAUGAGAAUGUUACUCUUUCUGAGAAAACCAUGAGCAAAGAUAGGACUGAUAUAACAAGAACUCCGACCUCCCAAACUAAAAUUAGGCCUGACUCAGACUAUUCAAACUUAAACAAUAGUGUUGAUGAUAAUAAAAUAGAUAGAAAUUAUUCCAAUAAGAGCCCUCACAGAAACAAGUCUUCAGAGGAUUAUGGUCCAGGAGAAAGUUUUGACAGCGGUAAUACUUUAGCGGAAUCAAGUAUUCUUGGGUAUGAAGAUAGGUUUACAAUAAGUAGUAAACACUCAGACAGUGGAUAUGACACAUUACAAACAGGAGGUGUUCUACCAGCAGAUCCUGAAGUUAAUGACUUGCUUAAAUUUCGUUUCGACAAGAGAAAGUCUCCCAAUGCUGUAGUUGCAUAUCCUGUCCAUACUAAAACUGGGAAAUCUUUUGAAAGUUGGGGUGAGAAAAUAGAUGAAUCAAGACUGAUUAAAGAGUUUUCUUACCAGUAUAUUAAAUCAAAUAAGAAUGAUGGAAAAAAUUUAGAAGAUGACAAAGAUAGAAAAAGUUCAAAAGUCCUUCUGACUAAAAGAUUUGAAAUUCCACCUCAAAAUAUAGUUCAAAAUAGAAUUAAAGUUUUUGAAACAACUAAAGAAGAUGAUCAUUCUAAUUUGGCACAAAAUAAAGAAAAUAAAUUAAAAAUGCAAGAACCUUUGAAAAUGUCUUCACCAAUUUAUCAGCCAAAUGAAGCUCACGUUUCUAGCACAAAAAUAUUAGAAAUAAAACGGGAAAGUCCUAGAAAAACAGAGGAGGAAAUGUCAAAUCUUCGAAGAUCUAGAAGAACAAGCCUUCAUGGUUUUGCAUUAGGAGAUGCAAUUUCAAUGUUGGAUGAAGAAGCUAAAUAUGCAAAACGAGAAAAUCUCUCAAAUGGGCAAAAUCCAAAGUCUGUUAAAGAUUUACUUGCUGAUUUUGAAAGGAAAUCACAACUUGCCCAAGAACAAUUAGCAGCUGAAGAAAAAAGCAGUGAAGACAGUCCUGGAAAGCGAUGUGUUUUUAGUGAUACUGAGACAUUGUUAUAUGAUACUUCCAGUGAUGUUGAGAAUAAUCACGAAAGAGAAGUUUUAUCUGGGCUUACAAGAUCUGAAAUGACAGUUAGUGAAGAUGAUGAAGAUAGAGAUGAGGAGGUUGCUGCUGUUCUAGGAAGAAAAGAUAAAUUUGUAAGCUCUUGUAGGGAUUUGGGAAGGAAAAUAGAUUCUAAACAAAGAAAUAAUAAAUCAUUCAAUAGUAGUGCAGAUCAAAAUGAAAUAGAAAAAAAUGUAACUCCAGGAUAUAUGCGACUUAGUAUGACAGAGUCAGUAGUAACUUAUGAAGAUUCUGGAUCACAUUCAAGUACUCCAAAACUAGAACAAACAAAAAUUGAUGAACACAAACCAAAACUGUCAAGUAGUCCUGAACAGCAUUAUAUGCCAAUGACUCCAUCAAAAAAACCUUUUGUAGGACCUAUAAUUGACGUUUUUGCUCACACUAGAACUAGCUCAAUGUCUCAGAGUUUUACUGCUGAAAAUGGUGGAGAAGAAAGCUCAUAUGUUGAAAUGACAAAUGGAAAUAUCCAAUCACUUUUAGCUCCAGAUUCUGGCCAAGAACAGGUUUCAUCAAGUGUUCUUACAGACACACAAAAUUAUUGUGAAAUAAGAACUGAAAAGGAUUCUGUUCAUUAUGAAUUUCUUUAUAAAGCUAGUACAUCUGUGGAGCCUUUAUACAUGGAGGUUAGCCCUCUCUUAGAAGGAGACAACAAUGAUGGAAAAAACCAUUCAUUCAAAGAAAAUUCUACUUGUCCACAAAGGGAAGAGACUGAAGGAGCUGAACAACCUCCUACACCUCCUAGAACAGCACUACCUGAUAUUUUAAACCCUUCCUUGAAUGGUAACCAAAAACAAUCAUCUAUAAAAUCAGACAGUUCUGAUGCAGAUGAUGAAGCAUCCAAAGAUUUAGAUUCUUUAGAUGCUCCUCGGCAUCCACGAUUUAGCCUCUCUGAUACAUUUAGACCUGCUUCAUAUUAUCUGGGGGCUAGCAUUGGUGAGAGAACACUAAUUGGUAUGACUGCAGAACAUCCAGAUUCUUCAGACAGUGACUUAGUAUCGCCUCCUCCAAUUCCCACAAGCCCUCCUCCUCUUGAUGAUUUGGAAACAAGUUUAGAAUCAGCAGUUGACGUUAAAAAAUUAUCUCCUGUACAGAUAAAAAGUGAUUCAUGCAAAAUUGACAUUGAAGGUAAAGAUAAUAGCAGAAGGCUUUGGAAUCCUACUCCUCUUUUAGGAAAAGAUGUAAGAAGCUUACAGGAGCGAAUGGAAAGUCUAAAUUUAUCCCCAAUUCUUGACGAUAAUUUAAGUUCUGAGACAGACUCGGUAGACUCAAGCAAACGAGACCGAUUGCUGAAGAGAAGACCUGUUUCUGCUGACAUUCUUAACAGUUUACAAGAUCCUGGUUUCCUCCAUUGUUCAUCCCUAAAUGGAAGACAGUCAGGAGGAAGUGAUUUGGACUCAGUAGGAAGUAGAAAUGGACUCGCAAUGGACUUGGAGGAAGGAGAAGGAAUUGAUUUUGACCAUUACUUAGAAGAUUUACAAAACAAUAGUCAGUUGGCUCCGAAAUUACCUGUGAAAGACAUUAAGUAUGACUGUUAUAAAUCACAUGAAAAUCAAAAAUAUGAUUCCCAAAAUACACCAUCAACAAUAGUGAUGCCAGAAUCCAUUUCUUACACUCCUGAUGGAUCAAGUUCAAAUAACCAAGAGUACAGAACUAAGUACAAACAACCAUACCCUUAUCCAUCUCCCCUAAAUCGAAAUGAUGAGGUGCAUUAUGAGAAUCUCCAGGGUCUGUUCCCUCCUCCGCCAUCUGCUGAGUAUCUUCAAGAGUUAUCAUCUGAGAAUGAUACAACAAUAAGGUAUUCUAGCCCAGAAGGUGGCCUUCCAAGAUCUUCUCCAGUAAGAAUAGUUGAAGGCCAAGCAAACAGAGAAAUAAAUUUACAAGCAGGUGCGCCCUAUUAUUAUUCUGAUUUACUUAAAGCAGAGCAAGCAAAUCAAGCAAGCAACAGAAUGUCAAACAUAUCUAGAUCAGUUAGAAUGCAACAACUAAACAAUCAAAGAGAGGACAAUAAUCUAACAGAAGUAAAUUUUCUCAAUAAAAGAAAUGAUAUAGGUAGAAGAGUAAAUGCUAUUCAUCAGCUUCUACCAGGACAAGUGAUAGACAGAGAUGAUGCAGCAAAGCUUGCUGAGGAACUGAGAACAACUUCAGUCCAUUUUCUGGGUACAGCUGACAAGAUUGGUCAUGUAGAUGAAAGAAAUUUGUAUGAAGCGGAUACUUUACAGAGAAGAAAAGCUGUAGCUAUGAUAGAGCAAAGGUAUCGAUCUCAAACUCCUGAUUUGAGAAGUAGUGCAAGAAAUCUGUAUCCUCAUGGUAUUCGUGAUAAGAAUGAAAUUAUACAUGGUCAAGAAAGACAACCAAGAAGAAGAUCUAGAUCUUUGGAAGGUCUCCUUGACGAACCAGAGUUUCUAGAACCAGAACCACGACAAAACCGAGUUUCUCCAGGAAGUGCAAUAUCAAGACUUCUUCAAACUACUCAACCUCAGCCUCAAAGCUGCAGAAGUCCUGUUCCAACAAUACCAACAACAAAUGCUCUAAGAUCAUCAAGGUCUAGGGCUCCUCCCCCUCCUCCUGAUGUAUGGGAAGAGGAUUCUCUCUGGAGAGAGAGUUUGAGAAGGGUCAGCAUUAGACAUACACGAUCUCUAGAUAAUCUAGACAGAGAUUCACCAAGAGAGGUUACUCCAACAGAAAAUAGAAAAGUAAGUCGUGAAGUAACUUAUGUAAAUGACAGUGUAACACUGCGAUCAAGAUCAAAUCACCGAGAAUAUGAAGAGGAUUACAGAGAGGGACGUUUAAUCAGACAAGUACGAGCACCAGUAGAGCCUGAGGUCGACGAUGGGGUUCAUUACGAGCGAUUGGUGCCACGUGAUUCUGAAAUUCUUGACAGGACAAGAAGAGGUCAAACCUACAUUGAAGGCUAUGUGUGGGACGAGGAACGAGAAAUGUUUCAUCGUGGAGAAAAGUCGAACAUGCCUAUUCGUGAUCCUCCAAGGAAACCGUCUCAGCCUUUUUUAGAAGUAGGCCUGUACCCAACACGUCCUCCUUCAUUCGAAAUCGAUCGAGAGAAGUUACGCCAGUGGGACCUCAUGUCGAGUGCUCCAGCAGGCAUGUUGGGCGCUGGUGGGGGAGGGGGAGGGGGGCUGAGGCGAGGGGCAGAGAGUGCGCCACUAGUCAACCUAGCAGACAACACGCCUCCCAGUUCACCAGCGUCAGGCUCAGGAUCAGUGAUUGGCAGAGAUCCGUUGCCGCCACGUCAGGUGGUGCCGCCGCCCGUGGUCGACCAGGCACCUCCCAUCACUCAUAAUCCAGAUCUCAUCCACCACAAGAGGCCGGAGAGAGGAUGGAGCCUACAGCUGUCUGCGGGGGAACUGUUGGGCCGCACUCACGAGGAGUUGGUACUACUGCUGAUACAGUUGAGACGACAGAGUGCAGGCUUCUGUAAGGCUAUGGAGGCUUGUCACAUGGAGAUAGAAGCUCAGGCCAGACUUGUGGAAUUGGAAACACCUAAGCGAAUGGAACACCUUCAGAAAUUGGAAGAUCUCAAGAGGCAUUUACUUGAAUUAGAAAAACAGUACGAGAAAGGUAAACCACUUGUAAACCUGGUGGAUAACAUGGUGAAGCUGGGAUCACUAUACAGGGUGGGGGCACCGCUCCCAGGGGCAAGUCCCACCACGGCCCCACUGCUCCGAGAUCGGCUGGAGUUCAACCACCAGGUGCAGGAGCGGAGACUGCUAGCUGAGGAGCGGAGGGACUGGGAGAGACUCAGUCCUGACCACAACCAACUGCAGGCUAAAGUAGAACAACUCUACCGACUUGACAGACUUCUGCAGGAAGAAUCUGGAACUUUACAAAGUCUGCAGCAAGACAAGGAGAUGCUAGAGCGAGCACUUGGUGGACUGAGACACAAACUACAAGCUGUUGGCAGCAACCCGGCUCAAGCAGAGAAGUACCGCAGACAGCAGAGACUCCUUGAGCGAGAGCUUAGCAGGGUGAGGUCCAUCCUUGCUCAUAACUCCAAGAAGCUAGAGGAGACAGUGGCAGAGAAUGCAAGGCUGGAGCAGGAACUGGUAGUGCUGCGCCAGAAACUGGUGUGGUCUCGGCGUGCGCCAGACCAGUCAGUGAGUAGCACCGCACAGCUAGAGGCCGAGCUGGCUCGAGUACAGAGUCUGGUCGGCGACCUGCAACGCCAGAGGCUAGAACUCUCCUCACAGGUGCGACAGCUGACAGAACGCAGCAACUCUCUUAGUCAGCAGAUCAGGCCAUCACCUACUGGAGUACAAGCCUAUCAAAUGGGAUAUUAUAGAACAUAUCCAGGAGUGGGAGCGGUGGGCAGCAAGAAAACACUGACCAGCAGUUGGCUAGAGACUGACCUUGAUACCCAAGUCACACAAGACUUGGGCAGGGACUCCCCUCUAGCACCUCAGGCAUCCCCUCUUUAUGUCAACACUGAUGUCUCCAAAUCGCUUGAUGUCUGCUCCACCUACGAGGGGAGCGUAUCUCAAGACGAUCAGCAGGAGUUGACCAGUGCUCCCCCCACUCCUCAGCAAGCUCCUCCCCCUCCUCCACCCCCUGCCCAGUCUCCUGCCCAUUACACCCGCCCUAUGGCUCCCAUGGAUAUCAGUGAAGCAGAUGAUCGCAUUAAGAGAUUUUAUGGUAUAAUUCCAAGAGAUAAACCUCAGGAAAUAAAGACAGUAAGGAUUGUGAAGAGAGAAUCUGAGAGGAGACAGAGGGACCGAGAUCGUAGUGGCAAUAUCGGAAUUCCACUCACAAACACCACCACAGCCAAAAGAGUCACCAUCAUUGAGGAAAAUGUGCCUGUGGAAUCAGUAGAUAGAGGCUUGGGUCGUGUUGUGGAAGAACAACCAGAACCUCCGAGUGAAGUAUUUGGGGGUUCAUUGGCUCCCCGACCUCCUCCUGCUCCUGGCCCUCGUUCUGACUCCGUACAAGCCCUCAGGAAUCUGGUCACCCGCCAGAGGGCAAGGCUGGACAGUGACAGCACAAGCCCCAGUCACUCAGUUUCGGCCCACGAGCAGUUGUUCGGUAGCAGCGACACACUCUUGUCACCCCAGCUGUCACCUGUGUAUCAGAGCCAAGCAGCACGCCAGAUUGUCGAGGAAAUGGCUGUCACCAACCGACGAGCUGUUCCCAGAGAAAAGCGUCGACACCAUACUGUCAGUGGCAGGCCUUUGCUGAGGAUAGACACGAGUUACUCAGCGGGUGGUUCUCGGGAUGACUUGGAUAUGGAGCGAGCUCUGCGACCACGUCUCAACACUCCGGAUGUUGUUCGCUCCACUCUCUCUCGCUCUGAGGUCAAGUACACAACAGAGACUAUAGAUAGCAUACUGGGCACACCAGGCAAGAUUCUGAUCCCUGAGAGAUAUGUGCCAGAGUCCACUCCGGAGUUAUCAAGUGAGGAACAGCAAAGGCGCAACAAGAAGGCUGAAUCUAUCAGAAAAAUGCUUUCUGAAACUACCCAAAUUUCUGCACCUGAUGACAAUAAUGAACCUGUAGAAGAAGAUGAAAAGUCAUUAACACUGAAGAAGAAAGUGGCUGAAGAGAAACGACAGAGGGAGCACUUGCUUCAGCUGAACCAAAUACUAGCUCAUCAAGUGAUGGAGAAGAGCAAGAUGGUGGCUGUGAGGGCUUUGGCAACGUUACCACUGUCGACAACACAGACUGAUGAAAGUGAUUUGUCCUCACCGGAGGAGCCGUUGCCACUCUACCAACAACGAGAGAACUACUUCUCUUAACACUGGCUGGACAAGGCAAGGCAUUGCUACUUCUGCACUGAAGUCUGAAGUCACUACCGACUGCUCCCUGACUACCAACAUUCGAUAACUGGUUGUUCUACUCUAUGUAGUAUCUCUUAAAAUAGGAUUUUUGGUGCAACUUCAAUGGUUCUGCUUUUCUGUACUGCUUCAAUUGAAGUAGAAUAUAACUAUCUAACAUGAACAAGCUAAGUAAGUGUAACUAUUCUAUCUAAAAACUGAAUUUGUACUGCUUCUAAAGUACUGCUAGUGAGAUUCAGCAACUUGUUGGGCACUUCAGGGUCAUAGCCUCAGUAUUACAAUAAUUAGUGUAUUUUACUUGGUUCACUAUUUAUAUUUUUUAAUUUUUAUCAUGAGUAUAGACAAAUGUUGGCUCCAUAACUCUAAGAUGACUAAUAAAAAAGCAUCCUAGUUUGAUGUAAAACCAACCACCAUACACAUAACUUGAUUUGAUAUAGUAUAUUACCAGCAAAAAGUAGUAUAAUGCUCAAUGACUAAACUGUAUAGUAACACAAGUUACAUAUUUUUUUAAUAAUCCGUUUUAUGUUAGUCUGCAAAUAAAUUUUAUCUAAUUUAAAUAUAUCAAGUAUUCUUCAAGUUUGGUUAAAGUUUGUUAAAUCUGUUAAUCAUUUUUUACCCAAGCGUAAGUUUUAUUUCCAUCCAAUAAUUUUUUCUAGCUAGACUAACCGUGCAAUCUCCCCUCAUACAUUUUAUAAUUUUAUCUGCAGAUCUUCAUACAGUAUAGAGCUUAGAGUAUAAAUAUAAGCACAAUUCCCUGUUAUGACCCUAUUAAUUAUACUGUAUUUAAAUGUUCCCUUUGUAUAUAGAAUAAUGAAUAUAUGUAUUAACCUAACCAUUAAGUAUUUGCUACCAAACUGUUGUUUUAAGAUAACAAGGCUCAUGAGUUUGUUAAAAUUGCUCAUAAUUUGGCCUAGAUAAGAUAAGUUUGUAUAAAUAAUUAAUUAACCUUGAAUUACUGUACAAAAAUGUAUAUUUUGUUGAAUUUUAACCAAGUUUUGUAAAGUUGUUGAUUUUAGCAGAUUACUGCUAUUAUUGUUGAUAUGUGUAAUUUGGUUUAGUCUAAACCUCUAGUUAAAAUAUUUAUAUUGUUACAUUUUAUAACAGAUUUUUAUCUGUAAACAAAUAAAUAAACACUUUAAAUGGAUUUCACUUUUAUAGGUAAAAAAAAAAAAAUAGUGAAAUGCAUUUGUAAUGUUUGUUCUAUUAUGUACUUAAUGAUGUAUUAUCAAAUCAAUUAAAAAUAUGCAUAUUUUCGUA